AUGAAAUAUUUAACUAAAUUAAAAAUUUUUCAAUUACGAAUGUAUUUUGAAUUUUCACAUUAUAAAAAUAUUGAUGAACAACUUAAUAAAUUAAUUGAUACAUAUAGAAAUUCAUUUUGGAUUGAAAAACAUCAAUGGUUUAUACAAUGUGAUUGUAUACCAUUUGGAACAUAUUAUCAUGGUAUACUUUAUACAUUACCAUAUGUAUUUGAUACAUUUGUUUUUUAUGAUAUAUUAAAAUCGAAAUAUACUUGUCCUUAUGAAAAUCAUUAUUGGUCAUAUAAACGAGUUAAUUGUUUACAAUAUAUGAUAUAUAAUACAAAUACAAUUAAUUAUUUAAAUUCAUUACCAAUUCAAUUUCCAAAUAUUCAACAUUUAAAAAUUAGUAUUCCUUUCGAUGAUAAAUUUUGCUCAUAUAUUCCUUCAUUACAUCGAUUGACUACACUUGAAGUAAUAUUAAGUGAAAAUUAUACUCAAUAUCAAUUACAAACAUUACUUAAUUUAUCACCUUGUCUUUAUUCAUUAAAAUUUUUCUAUUCAAUUGAUUUAAACGUGUCAUUAGAACAAAUUAUUUGUCCAUCAAUUCGUUGUCUUAAUUUUAUAACUAAAUUUUCAUCAAAUAUAAAAUAUUUUAAUUCUAUUGAAUGUAAUACUUUAGCUUAUUCACAACUUGGACGUCAAUGUGAAGUUCUUUUAAUUAAAGUUGAAAAUCGAACGAAUAUAUUAGAUCUUAUUAAAACAAUGAAUAAUCUUCGAUCAUUAAUUUUUCAAUGUAAAGAUGAUAAAUGGAAUCAUAAAGAUAUCUCAUCGAACAAUGAUGAACUCAUUGAAUGGUUACAUAUGUGUUUACCAUCAACUUAUUCAAUUAUAAGAGAUAAAAAUGAUAUGUCUAUUAUUCGAAUAUGGAUUAAUAAAAAUGAAAACAAUACAUUUUUAUCAUAA